GGGGAAGUGGCUGCGGCGCCGUCGGGCGGGCAGGCGGCUCAGCUCGAGGCUCGGUGGGUCGGUGGCCGGCUGCGUCCGUCGCUCGCUCGCUCUCUCGGUCCGCCCGUCUGUCCGCCGCUCGCUCGCUCGCUGGGCCGGCGGGGAGGCCCCGCGUUCGGGGAGAAUGCCCGCGGAGCCCGGGCCACCAUGCAAUGGAAGUCGCUGGUCCUGGGGCUGCUGCUGCUGCGGCUCGGCCUCCACGGCGCCCUCUGGCUUGUCUUCGGCCUGGGCCCCAGCUUGGGCUUCUAUCAGCGCUUCCCCAUCAGCUUCGGCUUCCAGUACCUGAGGGGCCCCGAGGGCCGCGCCGAGGCCGCCUCCUCCGCGCAGCCCUCCUGGCUGGAGGCGCCGGGGUUCCGGGGUCCGCGCCCGCUGCCGCUGGCUCCUCCGCGGCGGGCGCAGGCGGGGCGGCGGCUUCGGCCCGAGCGGAGCCCGGGGCCGCCGGCUCCGGGCGUGUGCCCUAAGUCAUACUGGGCGUCGCUGCUGGGCGGCCGGGCCCGGGGCGCGGGGGGCGAUGAGUACGAGCGGCGCUACAGCGGCGCCUUCCCCCCGCAGCUGCGGGCGCAGAUGCGCGACCUGGCCCGGGGCAUGUUCGCCUUCGGCUACGACAACUACAUGGCGCACGCCUUCCCCGAGGACGAGCUUAACCCCAUCCACUGCCGGGGCCGGGGGCCGGACCGCGGGGACCCUUCGAAUCUGAACAUCAACGAUGUUCUAGGAAACUAUUCAUUAACCCUGGUCGAUGCCUUGGACACACUUGCAAUAAUGGGAAAUUCAUCAGAGUUCCAGAAGGCAGUGAAAUUAGUGAUCAACACAGUUUCAUUUGACAAAGACUCCACAGUCCAAGUCUUUGAGGCUACAAUCAGGGUCCUUGGAAGUCUCCUUUCUGCCCAUAGAAUAAUAACUGACUCCAAACAGCCCUUUGGUGACAUGACAAUUAAAGAUUAUGAUAAUGAAUUGUUGCAUAUGGCUCGGGAUCUGGCAUUGAGAUUGCUCCCUGCCUUUGAAAAUACAAAAACUGGAAUUCCCUAUCCUCGGGUGAAUCUCAAGAGCGGCGUCCCUCCUGACAGCAAUAAUGAGACAUGUACAGCAGGUGCUGGCUCCUUGCUGGUGGAGUUUGGGAUUCUUAGCCGGCUGCUGGGGGACUCAACGUUUGAGUGGGUGGCCAGACGGGCAGUGAAGGCCCUUUGGAAUCUGCGCAGCAAUGACACUGGGCUCCUAGGGAAUGUUGUGAAUAUCCAAACAGGCCACUGGGUUGGAAAGCAGAGUGGCCUUGGUGCUGGAUUGGAUUCCUUCUAUGAAUACCUCUUGAAAUCUUACAUUCUCUUUGGAGAAGAUGAUGACCUAGAGAUGUUUAAUGCUGCCUAUCGGAGUAUUCAGAACUAUUUAAGAAGAGGCCGGGAAGCUUGUAAUGAAGGUGAAGGAGACCCUCCACUAUAUGUGAAUGUGAACAUGUUCAGUGGCCAGUUGAUGAAUACCUGGAUUGAUUCUCUGCAAGCUUUUUUUCCUGGAUUGCAGGUAUUAAUAGGGGAUGUGGAAGAUGCCAUCUGCCUUCAUGCCUUUUAUUAUGCCAUCUGGAAGCGAUAUGGUGCCCUCCCAGAGCGAUACAACUGGCAACUACAGGCCCCUGACGUUCUCUUUUACCCUCUGAGGCCAGAGCUGGUGGAAUCAACCUAUCUCCUUUACCAGGCAACCAAGAAUCCCUUUUAUCUCCAUGUAGGAAUGGAUAUUCUUCAGAGCCUGGAAAAGUAUACAAAAGUCAAAUGUGGUUAUGCUACAUUACAUCAUGUCAUAGACAAAUCAAAAGAGGACCGGAUGGAAAGUUUCUUCCUGAGUGAGACCUGUAAAUACUUGUAUCUGUUGUUUGAUGAAGAGAAUCCAGUGCACCAGUCUGGAAACAGAUACAUGUUUACUACUGAAGGACAUAUCGUGUCUGUGGACAAACAUCUUCGGAACUCUCCUUGGAAAAAAUCCCUUUCAGAAGAGGGAGGGGAGCACCAGGAAGAAAAACAUGUGCCUAGACCCAAACCUUUGGAGUUAAAAGUUAUCAAUUCAAGCCUAAAUUGCAAUCGUAUUCCCGACGAGAGAAGGUAUUCUCUGCCCCUCAAGAGUGUCUACAUGAGACAGAUUGAUCAGAUGGUCGGCCUGAUUUGAGCUAUCACCUUGUAUGGUGACUUUUAAACAAACAAAUACAAAGUUCUAACUGAAGUGGAAGAAGGACUAUAAGUCUGGCCAUGAAUAAUGAUGAUGAUGGCAGGUCUGGCCAGCAACGUACUUGCUUUCUGUUCUUGCAUAUUUUAAUUAUUCUCUCCAGUUCAAAACACAACCAAAAUUGGUCCCCUGUAUUUCUUUAUUAAGAUUUGAAAUCAAGAGUAGCUGAUAGAUUGUCCCUUUAUUGAACACAGUCAUCACUGAGCAAAGCUGAAGUGAUGACUCUGAUUUUACAGUAGACUGCUCGUGAAGGCCAGUAUUGAGGAGUGGCUGCCUGUUGUUAUAGAGGCUGGCGCUACCUCUUUGAAGUGGGGUUAUGGUUAAGAUCCCGCUGCAGAAGGGUUUACUGGGUUCACUUCUUUUCUUGAAACAGCAGUAUUUUCUCUUGUGGAAUGGUUAGGUUGUCUCCUAGCUCAUCAGUAAGCCAUUGUGUGGUCCUGCUUUUGGAUUACGUUUAUUUUUAAAGAAAAGAAAAUCCAUCUUUUGCCACCAGUGUACCGAGUAACCCUCACUGAUCAUUACUGCCAUGUCUGAAUUCAGCCAAUAGCUUCUGAAGGAUCAUAUCAUGGAACUAAGAAAUUACCUUGUUUUAAAAUCUAAUGUAACAUGGACUCUCCAGAAGAACUCCGGUAGUCUCAGAACUUUUGGGUAGAGCAGAACUGCUUAGUGCUCCUCCCGGGCUUUUCAUGAUUUCAAGUGCUUCAAUUGUUGUCAUGCUUGCUGGCCAUGCUUCUUGAUCCUGACCAUGUUUGGGUUAAAAAAUCUCCCCCCGCCCCUUUUUUUGGUUGUUCGAUUUCAUCUCUAGUGCUCAUUGAAUGGAGAUGAGGAGAGAAAAUGACCAGGAUGAUACUCUUACAUGGUUUGGGCAUUUUUCCUGCCCAAGUUUUUAGUCAGUGCCUUAUGAUGACUCAAUUCUGGGUCACUGAAAAUCUAAGCUGCUUCUACUUUUUAGCAGGCUCAGUUUGUGUUAGGAUCUCAUGGUGUUAGCAUAGAACUAGGUAGGGCUGGAAUAAAACAGUGAAAAAAUGGAUAGAUUGUUAUUCCUUAGGAAUGACUUUUGGUAGUGGUGGUGGGAAAAAGGACAGCAUGGACCUUUCAAUAUUUCAUUUCAGCGAAGUAAGUGAAAACCUCCUCUUGUUAGGAAAAAACAAAAAACUCUGGUGGUAGUGUUUUUCCUUCAUGGAUUGAUUCACACUUGUUAUUAGCGAACUCAAACUAGAAAUGAACUCUAAUAGCUGAUCUGAAAACUGUAUUACCAUCAGAGGUUGUGAUCUGGGCCCAUCAGACACAGUGAACUUCAACCUUGCUUGGUAUUUCCUGCCUAGUCACUGCUGCCACUUCAGAUUUUUGUUACCCUUUUCCCAAAGGGUAUCCCAAUCCUGACAUUUAUCAACCAACUGGGGUAUUUUUCAUUCCUUUUUUGGGGGGAAUAAGUUUUAUAAGUUUUAGGGGUUUAAAUUUUCUUAAAUUAGAUGUAAGGUUCAGCUCUUGGAUAUUUUUAAUAAUGUGGUUCAGAAACCUGUCAGCUUAUUUUAAAACUCUUUGCUACUAUGUAGGAUACACUUUUUUUUAAAAGCAGGAACAUAAAAUGUUUUGCUCUUUUCACUGUUUAAUUUUCAAAAACCUUAUUCUGUUCUGAAUCGCUAUCUACAGUUAUUUGCUGUGUAGAUAGAGCAUUCAUUCAUUAUACUGUGCUUUAAAAAAAAGUCUUCCUUGACUUUCUAUAAUUAACUCCUCCUUCCUUUUCCACGUUUACUCCCACACAUUGCCUUCUCCAGCCAACUUUAAGAUAAAACCUUUAUGGCAUUGAGGAGGAGCAGAUAGUGUGUAUUAUCUGGGUAGGAACCAGAGUAGACAACUUUCUCUUCCUCUGGGUUUGUCCCUUCUGCAUCCCAGGUUUCCAUGGCAAAGUGGGGAGACAGUCAUGUAACAUCCUCUUCCAGUCCUCUGUUCUGCAUGUCUUCCUUUCCCCUAGCAUGUCUAUCACCUCUUUUCUUCUCCUGGUGUUGGAAUCUGUGCCUGGCAUCAUGAUCCACUCCUCUGUUGAGCUAUUUAUGCAACUCAGGGACAUACUGCUCCAAUCCUGAAACAGCUCCCAGGACUGCACCUUUGUACAUAAGUGUUAUUGAGGAUUGGUGAGUGGCUUCAUGAAAACCCCAAUUGUUUUAGCUCUACCCAAGCCCAAAUGUCCUACCUAACUAGGUGUUUAGGCCCAAAUAUUAAUCUGGGAAGGCAUCAGUUGUGGUGCAUAGGGUCACUGGUUUGUUAUUAGAAUUUAGAUUUUUUUUUUUAAAAGAGGCAAUAUUAAUGAGGUGUGAGUGUGGGUAAACUUUUCAUUUUCCACUUUCAUCAGUGCCAGUACAAGCCAAUAAAAACAAUGCUGCCCCCAGCUUUGCGAUGGUCACUAACCUUGCUACUUCACUGUAUCAUCAGUGAAAGGUAGCUCUCAGAAGGCAGAAGAAAGGUAAGAGAGAGGACAUUUUCUUGCUUAUUUGGCCACAGAGAGGAUUGAUAUCAUUGUGUGUCAUCUGCAUAUGGUGAUGCUGAUUGUGUGGCAUACAAUGUUUCUGAAGCAGGGGGCAGUCAAUUGGUCAUCCGUAAGUGUUUUGUAAAUGUCUCUGUCCAAAGUCCGAAAGCAUUAUAGUGUACAGUUAUUGUACAUCAAAAACAUGACCAAAGUCAGACCUCCCCAAAUUUUUGGGGAAAAAAAAUUUCUUUAUAGUUUUUAAAGGUGUCUUCCAGCAUUGACCUUAAGUUAGGGUUCACUGCACUUUCAGACUUUCCCUUAGUGCCAUCAACUUUCCUAAUAUCAAAUAUUGCCAGGGGGCCUCAUGCUGCCAUCUGCCUCCAAAUUGCUUAAAGUAGUGGCCUCCCUUAAUCUCUUGGUUUUCACAGUGCACUAGGAUGUAGGUGUUUUGAAACCUUUAGCUAAUUUCUCUAAAAAAAAAACAAAGCCACACACACACAAAACAACUAAUGAUUAAAGAAAUAUAUAUGCAGUUCCAUUUGAAGGAAAGCUUUAGUAGUUAUUUAAUUUGGAUGUUUUAAUACAAAUAGUUUAACAGUACCAAUAAGUGAUUUUUUUCUCCCCUAUCAGGAGUGGGUGUGGGAGGGGUAUAAGGUAGCCUUGCCUAUCAUCCCAGCUGCAGUUACUGGUGAAUUUUAAAGUCUUCCUUCGUGUUGUGCUGUGAGUGCAAUGUCUUGCAUCUUUUCUACUUAAGCAUUCCAGGGUGUAUUUUUUUUUUAAUCGAAGGUUUGAAAGUCUGUUGCUAGGUCCAAGGAGCUGUCCCAUCAUGGUUGCAAUAACCAUCUCUCCUCUGUCUCCAGUCUUCUGACUCCCACCAUUGUGCCUCUGAUUUGCAGUUGAGGGGCCCUCCUAGAAGUAAGAGGCUCGGUCAGUCCUGUGAUCCCUACCAUAAGUGACAAGCAAGCCAACUAAGAUGAGAUCAAAUUGGGUAUAAACUGGUCACCAGUCAGGCCAUGGAGCAGGCCUUGAAGAGUGACCACACUUGAAAUGAAUGUGAAUUUGGUCAAAUGUCAGGUAGCCAUGGCACUUCCCAAGUCAGCCCCAUUCCUCAACUCUUGAUCCUUAGAGGUGAGAGAGGUAGGGUGGAAGGAUUUUGGAAGGUGUGUUUUUGUUUUUAAAUAGCAAAACAUAGGGCACAUUUUUAUUUAUUAUGCACUAGAAAAGCAAGUUUGUUUUUGCAAAACUGAGAAUUGAAAACGGCUGGGGCGACUUGUUGGAAUAUACAGGUCUGUUGUGCUUCUCACUCUGUAAUGUGCAAUAUAAUUUGCAACUAUAAAUGAUAUGUUUAAUCUAUGUAAAUAAGAAAUAGAUUUAAAUUAAAGGGGAGCUUUUUUGUUUUGUAAGAGGACCAAAUGUUCUUUUAUAAAUAUCCUAAUGAAUAUCUUGCUCUUUGAAAUUUAUUAGAAUUUUUACAAUUUUCAUUAAAAGAUUGUUUUUUAGUUGUCA